AAUAAGCAGCUCGCCACCAAACCGAAGAACUCAGGAGGCGUAUCUCUGCUCGCAGGAGACAAAUAUAAUGGCGGCAGGAGUAGGACCGUUGGCCGCGGCGUGCCUCUUGGCCGUUGUGGCUGCGGCGGCCCUGGUCGCACCGGCGGCGGCGCAGUCCGGGUGCACGACGACGCUGAUCAGCCUGUACCCGUGCCUGAACUACAUCAGCGGCAACGUGUCAACACCGCCGUCCUCGUGCUGCUCGCAGCUCGCCAGCGUCGUGCAGUCCAACCCGCAGUGCCUCUGCGCCGCGCUCAGCGGCGACUCAUCGUCCCUCGGCGGUGUCACCAUCGACAAGACACGCGCGCUCGCGCUCCCCCAGGCAUGCAAUGUCAAAACCCCACCGGCGAGCAAGUGCAACUCUGCCGGCGGUGGCAAUGCUCCAGGCGCCUCGACCCCAACCACGCCAUCGACCGGUGUGCCAGCGAGCGCAGGAACCGGCGGAGGAUCGAAGGCGACGCCGACGGCGCCGUACCUGACAUCUGGCACGUCAAUCCAGGGGGCGGUGAGCCUGGCGCUCGCAUUCGCGGCCGUCGCCGUCUAUGCCGUCUCGGCUGUGUGAGCAUCUCGCGGCUCAGCUAGCGCUAUUGCCUCGGCAUUCGUAGAUUCCAAAUCGUUCAGGUUGUGUUGUGUCACCGUACUUUGAAUUGGUUGACCAUUGCAUUGAAUUGAGUUUAGGGUCGCAUUUGUACUAUAUCUCUUUAUCACAAUAAGAGAAUAUGAACAUUGUUUGUGGUUUUAUCUUUAAAAAUUACUCAUAUUUUUUUUUGAAA